AUGAAGGUCUACGAGAGCUCAUUCAACUACGACUAUCCCUUUCCCACCGUCACUCUCGCCUAUUUUUUGCGCUAUCCGAAUCCCUAUUCACGGCACGUGCUCAGCACUGAUGUCAUCGAUCGCUAUGUCGACCCCGAAACGAAGCGACUACACACCUUGAGACUACACCUCAAGAAGUCCAAGAUACCUAGAGGCAUCCUCAGCCUCCUCCCGCGUGGUCUGGCGGGCCCUGGUGGCAAAAGCGAGAGCUUCAUUCUCGAGAAAAGUGUGGUCGACUUGAAGGAGGGCUGGAUGAAGACCGAGUCCAAGAACAUGGAAUGGACCGGCAUUCUGAGUGUGGUCGAAUGCCAACACUUCAAAAGAAGAGCCUCGUUGGCCGAAGCGGUUGAAGAGGCUCAGGUUGCCGAUGGCACGAACUGUAAAACAACUGUUACCUUUGUUUCCCGCCUUGGCCAGGGCAAGACAGCGAAAAGAGCCUCUGUGAGCGACGAGGAGGAGACUCCCAAGCAGAGCUUCUUCGCGUCUUGGUCCACUGCCGGCAUUCAGCGCACUGUGGAGCUCGUCGGAGUCAAGCGGACCAAAAGUGCUUUGCUCAAUGGAAAGGAGGGUAUGAACGUUGUCCUCGAGCGACUAAGGCAAGGCGGCAUAAUGGGUGUCCUCGAGGGCAUGCGAAACGACGCGUAUGAGAUGGGCGGGGACGGGCCGUGGAAACAGAUGUGGAGGAAGCCCCCUUCCGACGGCGCUGAAUAA